AAUUCCUUUCAUUUGCUCUAAUUUCAAAGUCUUAUUUAUAUCUUCUUUUCUUCUCACCUUUCUCCAAACUCUUACAAAAAUCACUAUUAUAUUUCUUCAUCUUAUAUCUCCUCGUCAACACUUGCUUUCAACUUAAUUAAUGGAAAUAGAUAGUCGAAGCAAUUGGGAUAGCUAUGUUGAUUGGAAAAAUAGACCAGCAAUCACCAAUCGACAUGGUGGCUUGCUUGCUGCCUCCUUUGUCUUAGCUGUUGAGGUGUUGGAGAACUUGGCAUAUUUGGCAAAUGCAAGCAACUUGGUGCUCUACUUUUCAGAGUACAUGCAUUUCUCACCAACAACAUCAGCAAAUUCUGUGACUAAUUUUAUGGGCACAGCUUUUUUACUGGCACUUCUUGGUGGAUUCUUAUCUGAUGCUUUCUUCACAACUUAUUACAUAUAUCUCACCAGUGCACUCAUCGAAUUUCUGGGACUGGUAGUACUCACCAUACAAGCUCGUUCGAGUUCAUUGAAGCCACCAAAAUGCGAGCUUGGAGAGCCGUGUGAACAAGUUCAUGGUGCAAAAGCUGCAAUGUUAUUCAUAGGACUCUACCUAGUGGCAUUAGGUGUAGGAGGUAUAAAGGGGUCACUUCCACCCCAUGGUGCUGAACAGUUCGAUGAAGCAACCCCACGAGGAAGAAAGCAGAGAUCAACUUUCUUCAAUUACUUUGUGUUCUGCCUCUCCUUUGGAGGUCUCAUUGCUGUCACAUUUGUGGUCUGGGUGGAAGACAAUAUGGGUUGGCAAUGGGGAUUUGGGAUUGCAACUUUGGCUAUAUUUUUGUCAAUCCCGAUAUUCCUUGCUGGUUCACCAUUCUAUAGGAACAAGAUACCUCAUGGAAGCCCUCUUACAACAAUCAGCAAGGUUCUAAUUGCAGCAUUACUAAAUUCUAGUGCAUCGAGAAACUCAAGUACUGCCAUUGCAAGUAUGGCUUCAAGCCCUUCUCCUCAAAUUACAUCUGGCAAGGAAGGUGGCCAAAAUACAAACAUCAAAGAUGUAGAAUCAAACGAGUCUCCAUCGAGAAGUCUUAGCUUCCUUAAUCGGGCUGUUUCAGACACACCAGCUUGUGGCGCACUAAAAUGCUCAGUGCAACAAGUGGAAGAAGUCAAGAUUGUGAUGAAACUUUUACCAAUUUUUGUCUGCACCAUCAUGCUCAACUGCUGCCUAGCUCAACUUAAUACAUUUUCAGUCCAGCAAGCAGCCACAAUGAACACAAAACUAGGCUCCUUAAAAGUCCCUCCAGCUUCGCUCCCCUUUUUCCCUGUAGUAUUCAUCAUGUUGCUAGCACCAGUUUACGACUACUUCAUCAUCCCAUUCGCUCGUAGAGCAACUAAAACAGAAAUGGGAAUCUCUCACCUCCAACGCAUUGGUAUCGGUUUGUUCCUCUCCAUUGUGGCUAUGGCAGUCGCAGCCCUUGUUGAAAUCAAGCGCAAAGGGGUAGUUACUGACUCAGGACUCAUCGAUUCUGCCAAACCAUUGCCCAUAACUUUCUUUUGGAUCGCUUUUCAGUACUUAUUUCUUGGAUCAGCUGAUCUUUUCGUUCUAGCUGGGCUACUAGAAUUCUGCUUCUCAGAAGCACCAGUCAGUAUGAGAUCAUUGGCAACAUCUCUCUCAUGGGCUUCUUUAGCCAUAGGAUACUAUCUUAGCUCAGUAAUAGUAUCUAUCGUCAAUACUGUGACAGGCAUUUCAAAGCACAAACCCUGGCUCUCGGGUAGCAACUUUAAUCACUACCAUUUGGAUAGGUUCUACUGGCUAAUGUGCAUACUCAGUGCAUUAAACUUUCUGCACUACCUAUUCUGGGCUACAAAAUACAAGUAUAGAUCUGCAGCAUCUAGCAAGUAGAAGUUAGGCGUAGAGACGCAUAGAUGAAACUUUCGCAGUUUUAAUAUAUGGUCUUUCUAGACUUAAUGUAAAUGUGUCUGAUGAAUUGCUGGAUUGAGGCCAGCAAAGAGGUCAAAAUACAACUAGCUUUUGAUCAAUUCAUCUCAUAUCUCACAACCACUUCACAGUUAGUGUUCUUGCCUUCGUAUUUCGUCUAAUCCUUUCGUAUAAUAACAUCUAAAGGUUAUCAAAAAUGCUCCUCUUAUCCUUUGCAACAUAUGCUUGUCUGAUGAUCUGUUAUCAUAAUUAUUGUAACUACGGACCAAGUACCUAGUGACAUUUUUGAAAAAUCCGAGCAACAUACACUAUGGAUAAGGCUGAAUUUACUCAAAUGCAUUAAUCAAACUUGUGAUUUUUCUACAAAACUCACUAAACUUAGUUAUAAUAGC